AUGGAAACACUGGAUCCCGUUGCAUGUAUCAUAAUUGGUGCAGGGUUCUCAGGGAUAGCGAUGGCAGCUCAGCUUAAACGCAAACUUAACUUCUCCAACUUUAGUAUCUAUGAGCGAUCUAGCUCUCUGGGAGGGACCUGGUUUUGGAAUUCUUACCCUGGAAGUGCCGUUGAUACACCUUUUCUUUGCUAUAGCCUCUCCUUCGGCCCAAAAGCGGACUUUGCAACAUACUAUCCUACGCAGCCAGAGUUGCUCAACUACCUGAAGGAGAUUGCAUUCAUGUAUGGUCUCAAUCAUCAUAUUAAGUUGCGCACAAGCUUCGAAAGUGCGUCUUGGGAUGAGGGCUCGAUGACUUGGAACGUAAGGCUACGUGAACUAGACAGCGGCCGGCCUCUUCUGCAAAACUGCAAAUUACUGAUAUCCGCCAUGGGGAAUCUUGCCGAUCCAAAAACUGGCGGUCUCGAGAAUUUGUCAAAGUUUCAAGGCGAUGUCUUACAAACUGCGAGGUGGGAAAGCCCCGUGGAUCUGACGAACAAAAAAGUCGCUGUUAUCGGUAACGGAAGUUCCGCCUGCCAACUCAUACCAGCAAUUGCAAGUCUUCCAAGAUGUGUAUACCAAUUUAUAAACUCUCCCAGAAGCUUCUUCCCACGCUCAAAUCCAAAAAUUCCAGUAACCUGGAAAUGGUACUUCGCUCAUAUUCCAUUUCUUCUCAUGAUAUGUCGCUUUUUAAUCUUGUGUCUCGGCGAGAAUACCUUGAUUCAAUAUACUACCACUCCUAGAGGCGCUCGAUCACGAGAACAGGUCAGAGCACGAAUGCUCCUCCACGUCAAGAAGAAUGCUCCUAUGGAAUAUUGGAAACUGUUGUUACCAGAGCACGAAGUCGGAUGUAAGCGAGUUAUUCAAGACAAGGGAUAUUUCGCCUCAUUAUAUCGUGAUAAUGUUCACUUGAUUGAAGACCCUGUGAUUAAAUGCGAUGGUGAAGGUGUCAUUUCCAGAUCUGGCAAACAUUUCCCCGUGGAUGUUAUUAUACUGGCAACCGGACUUGAUCCACCCUGGUAUAACUUCAACAUCGUGGGACUCGAUGGACGUACCUUACGUGGGCACUGGAACGCCAUUGGAAGCAUAUCUGCUUAUUUAACGACGUCUUGUUCAGGAUUUCCAAAUUUCUUCAUGAUUUAUGGCCCCAAUUCUGCCCCUGCUCACAACUCCUCUCUCCUGUCUAUCGAGAAUGUGAUUAAUCUAAUUCUAAGGGUUGCCAAGCCAGUUAUUCUAGGAAAUAAGAGCUCUGUCGCAGUCAAAUAUAGCUACGAGCUGCAACACUACAAAGAGAUGCAGGCGGUUUUACGGCAUGGGAGAGUCUGGAAUAGCUGUGAUAGCUACUAUCUUGAUAAAGACGGUCACAAUAUUUAUGUUUACCCCUGGAGUAAUAUUCGGAUGUUUAUCAACACGCAUUUUCCUGACAUGAGUGCAUGGAAGUACAGCUGA